AGGGCGAGAUACAAGAAGGUUCGAUCAGAUGGCCAUGGUGUUCAGGAGGUACUGUCCCCGUGCCUUCAACUGUUUCUUGCUGCCACCACUCCUCUUCUUGUCCUGCUUGUUACACGGUGAGUUGGUGGCCGCCGUGGAUGUGCCGUCUUCCCUGCCACUUGACAAGGCGCAGGAGGCCAUCAUGGUGGAUCUCUCAAGCGUUGUGGGUAAGGGGUGGAGCUCCAACAAAAAUUUCUGCACCUGGGCUGGAGUUACCUGCUCGCGCUCUGUGUCUAGUUCUUCCUUGGUGGUGACCAGCAUCACCCUCUCCAACUACGGGAUAUCCGACCCCUCCGUCUUCUCCUCCUUAUGCCUUCUUGACACCCUGUUAUCCCUUGAUCUCUCAAGAAAUAACUUUACCAAUUUAGGGGACAAAUUCUUCACCACUUCUUGCCGCAUGAAGGAAGGAUUGCUGUCACUUAACCUGAGCAGCAACCAGUUAUCUGACAAGCUCAGUGAUUUUUGGGGUCUCCCACAGUUGGAGGUUCUUGAUUUGUCCUUCAAUCUUUUUACUGAUGGGAAUUUAAGCCCAGACUUGAGUUCUUUCCCCAAAUUGAGGAUCUUGAAUCUUAGUCACAACCAUCUCACUGGAUCUAUUCCUUCAUAUUUUGUUGGCUAUUUAAGAGAGCUAGAGAUUCUUGAUCUUUCAUAUAACAACCUGUCUGGUGAGGUUCCAUCUUCACUAGGGAGCCUGCAAAGCUUGGCACAGCUGGUGCUUUCUCAUAAUGACCUUUCUGGAUCUGUUCCUAGCUUCCCCCAAAAUGUGGAAAUUGAUAUUGAUGGGAAUCCUGAUCUUAUAAAUCAUGCAGUAAUCAAGAAUCACACUCAUAAGAGAAGGGCAGACGGUGUCAUUGUAGUCAUCAUCUUUGGUGCCGCCGCCGGUGCUCUUAUUGGAUUAUGCUUCCUUCUUGUUUUUGCUAUGGCCUGUUUUCCAAAGAGCACAUACCACGCAGAAACAGAAAGUGGAAGGAUACCAACUGGGGAGGAUCAGGAUGAUUCCCAAAUCACCAAUGGUCCGUGCCUCAUGGCAAUGAACUGCUUCCGCGCCUCUGCAACCAUGUCCAUGAAAGAGAAGCCGCAGGAUGAGUGGCGAAUCACGGCUUUCCAAGCUCUGAACUUCGACGCCGCAGACCUGCGGCGGGGGCUAACCGAGGAGAACCUCGUCGGCAGCGGCGGCUCAGGCCACGUUUACCGCGUCACCUACAGCAACCGGCACGACGGCAGCACCGGGGUGGUGGCCGUGAAGCAGAUACGGAGCGUAGGCUCGCCGUCGCCGGACGAGAAGCUGGAGCUCGAGUUCGAGUCCGAGGCUGGCAUCCUCUGCAACGUCCGGCACAGCAACAUCGUCAGGCUGCUGUGCUGCCUCUCCGGCCCGGAGGGCAAGCUCCUCGUCUACGACUACAUGGACAACGGCAGCCUGGACAGGUGGCUCCACGGCGACUACGUCCUCCGCGCGGCGCACCCAGCGGCGGCGGCGCGGCCCGUGCUGCGGCGCGAGCCGCUGGACUGGCCGACGAGGCUCCUCGCCGCCGUCGGGGCCGCGCAGGGGCUGUGCUACAUGCACCACGGCUGCUCGCCGCCCAUCAUCCACCGGGACGUCAAGACCAGCAACAUCCUGCUGGACUCGGAGUUCCGGGCUAAGGUUGCCGACUUUGGGCUGGCCAGGAUGCUGGAGCAGGCAGGGGAGCCCAACACCAUGUCCUGGGUGGUCGGGUCAUUCGGCUACAUGGCUCCGGAGUAUGCUUACACGAGGAAGGUGAAUGAGAAGGUGGAUGUGUUCGGCUUCGGUGUCGUGCUGUUGGAGCUCACGACCGGCAGGAAGGCCAACGAUGGCGGCGAGCACGGUUCCCUGGCAGAAUGGGCAGGGCACCACUACCGAUCGGGGAGCAUCGUCCUUGAUGCCACAGACAUCUGCAUCAGAUACGCAGGGUACACUGAUGAGAUCGAGACCGUGUUCAGGCUAGGCGUGAGAUGCACGGGCAGCUCGCCGCUGUCGCGGCCCACCAUGAAGGACGUGCUGCAGAUUCUGCUCAGGUGCUGCGAGCAGACGCUCCGGAAAAGCAGACUGGAGUGCAGCAUGGAGUACGAGGCAGCUCCGUUCUUGCUGCCAUAGACACAAGCGAGGCAGUUGUGCGAAAACAUUCAAGCAGAAGAGUGGCUUUUAUUACAUUGUCUGAACUUUGAAAAACUAACAUUACACCACCCAUAGGACAUCAAAGAACCAGUAGGCGAUUAAGAGUGGGUUGACAUUCAAAAUUGGCACAUACCAAGUUUGUUGGUCAGUCUGGGCGAACCGGUCAGACCGGUUCUAUAAACUGGUCAGACCGGUCUGGGUAACUUUGUCAAAAUGCUAAUUGGACUGCACCAUUGCGUAGAUAUCGUCGAGACGAUCGAAAUGCAUAUAUAAAACGUC